AUGUUACUGUUAUUUCUAUCUGUUAAGGCUUCUUUUAUUAAAUUCCCUGAUAAAAAUACUAAGUUUUCAAGUCACAGUAAUCCCUGUCUCCACCCAGACACGCGUCUUUCUUGCCAUUCCCUCCUAGUCCACUUUGCACAUGCGCACGAUUGUGUGCCUCUACUCCCUUUUUUCCGCGCCACUAACUUCCUUCAGCGUCCAUCUUUACCGCUCAGUACGCCCUCUGGCGGUGGCUUUUUCCACACAACAAACAAGCGAGUGGCGGAAAGCUGUGGCGUCGGUGUAAAAGCAAUCACAUACCAAGGACAAACACGUUCAAGAUCAAUCAGCCUGUUGCUGAGAGAAUCAACCAGUGGCUUUUCCUCUAUUUCAUUUAUCAUUUCUCUUUCUUUCUUUCUUUCUUUCUUUCUUUCUUUCUUUCUUACCUGUUUUUUCUCAUUUACAUUACGACGUUUCUUUUAUUGGCACAUUUCUUUUUUAAAAUCUUUUCCCUGCUGUAUUAGUAUCUUUCUUUCCUUUUUUUCUUUCUUUUCUUUCUUUCUUUCUUUCAUUCAUACCUUGUCUCCUUAUUUCUCUCCUCCGCCUCCUUCUUCUCUUUUUUCUUUCCUUUAUUUCUCAAAUCUUUACUCUUCCCCUUGUCAAAUCAUUAACCUUUUCCCUUUUUUUAUUGCUGUCUCUUCUCUUUCUGUGAAUUUCAUGAAAUCGUUUUUUUCUUGUUUUCCUAAUAUCUAUCUAUCUAUCUAUCUAUCUAUCUAUCUAUCUAUCUAUCGCAAUAUCUUUUAUCUAUCCCCUGAUCGCAAUCUCUAUCUAUCUCUCUAUCUAUCUGGCCAAUUUUCUUUAUAG